AAACGAACUAAUGCGAUGCGUAGGCGGCGUGGCGUUCUCCUAAUUCCUUGCGGAAGCUGUCUUACACGCUUUUCAACUUCUAUUUCCUGUUUGACUCCAAAUUCCACAAGCAUCACGCAUAUAUAUAGCAAUAGCACUGCCUCCAUCCAACGUCAAAAUACACAACAGAAACAAUUCAGCAGCAUUCCAAGCACAGCCUUCUUCAAAUUCUCUCCUUUUUCUUUCAAUUUCUACCAAACCAUGAAUUCUAUGUUUAGCUCCUUCGAUAUACUGUGGGCUGACUUAUUGGGACAAUCUAUUAGGUCCGCUUUUGCUUCUAAUUCUGCAACAACUCAUGAUUUGAUCAGCGAUACUAAGCCUAAUUCACAGCAACAACAGCAGCAGCCACCCAUGAAGGCUCAGAGAUUCGCCCCAGAGCUCGAUGGGCUUCACUGUUUCGAGACCCUCGUUAACUACUGACUUUCUGUGUCUUUGAUUAUUCAAUUUAUUCUUUUCUUGUAUAAAUUAAUUACCAAUUUCAUUCAAUUGUUCUGCUGGCUUUAGUAAAAUCAAAUGUGUUAUGUAGUGGCGGUUUAAACAUUUAUAGAUGCAUCUGAUUACACA